AUGUUGCCCCCGCCCCCCGGUAUGCUGCAUCAUACUGUUUCCUGUGUGUUUCAUUAUGUUGUCCCCCUUGGUAUGCUGCAUCAUACUGUUUCCUGUGUGUUUCAUUAUGUUGCCUCCCUUGAUAUGCUGCAUCAUACUGUUUCCUGUGUGUUUCAUUAUGUUGUCCCCCUUGAUAUGCUGCAUCAUACCGUUUCCUGUGUUUAUUUUAUUAAAUACUGUUUCGUGUAUGUUUCAUUAUGUUGCAAACUGGUACCUUUUCUUGAAAAUGUCGUGGGAAACGCCAGCGCCCUGACCAUACUUGCCAUUAGCGUUGAAAGACACAGGGUUGCCUAUAGCUCCACGACCAGAACGGCAAAUCUGUGCAGCUUCUUCAAAUCAUUCGUCUUUGUAUGGUUAUCCUCUCUUGGUGGCGCCGUACCUAUGUUGUUCAUUACCCAGUUCAAACAAGCAAUUUAUGUUGAUGGUAAGCAAUUUAGUUAUGUGGAAGUGGCUUACAUCGUUGUGACAACCCUGCUCUUCUUUAUUCUGCCACUUGUGAUGAUUUUACUGCUGUAUACCAAGGUGUACAUGAAGUUGAUGGCGCUCUUCAGGCGCGAGCAAGAAAAGUCCUUGAACUACCCGAGGGAGAUUGUCCGACUCAAGCGACAGAUGACCCAAAUCAUCAUUACUGUUGUUCUUGUGUUCUUCAUUUGCCACACGCCUUUCAGAACUAUUGCCUUGUGGAGCAUGUUUGCCCCACCACACGUCACUGACAGCAUCGAUUUCAUCAGCUACUUCACAAUGAUUUACAUGACCAGAAUUCUGUGGUACUCCAAUCACGCCAUCAACCCGUUCGUCUACAACUUCGUCUCCAGAAAGUUUAGGCGGGCCUUGCUGUGGUUGUGUUGCGAAAGGCGACGCAGACGACAUCGACUAGACGAGUGGAAAGAUUUAGUCAACAAUGGACAACCAAUUAGACAACAUCAUCAUCAGAGCACAGCCGGGCGCCUCUAUGAUCUAGACAACAACAACAGAGAUAAAGACAAGACCGAUCAAGAGGCUGCCGACCGACAAAGCCAUUUCCAGAGGAACCAUUUUUUAGUGUUAUAUGAGCACCUACUGCUAGAGUGA